ACUCUUAACUCUGAAAGGUCAAAUAGUGUCAAUUUUCUUGAUCUUAGUAAUCAUAUUUCUCGUGCUGAAAAUAAUAAUAAAAAAUCGAAUCAUGAGGUUCUUAAGUGUUAUUAUGACCUUGGAAAGGCUUUAUUAAUACAACUUAGAAUUUAUAGAGAAUCACAUAAUGAAAUUGAAUCCAAAAAAUUAGUUAGUAUUCAAUUCCAUAGUGAUCUAAAAAUUGUAAUACCAUCUUAUGAUGCUUGUAGUAAAAGAAAAAAUAGGAGUAAAAAGAUCUAUAUGCUCUUUAGUUGUUUUAAUAUAAAUAAUACAAAUGAAGAUAAGGGUAGAAAAGCUAUUGAGUGGAUUGAAGGUUUUAGUGCGUCAACUAUUUUAAAUCUAAAAUGGGAUGGUAUUAAAAUUAUAACAGAAUAUAUUACAUUACAACUUAACGCUAGCAAAACUAUAAAUAAUCAUGGUUAUAGAAUUAUUGAUGAUGAAUUAAAUCAUUAG